GCAAGUGCUCGUAACGAAUUAAAGGCAAAAAUGCCUUCGGGAAGAGGUCGCGAACCACUUGCGACGAUGAAAUGGGGAUGGUGGAGAUAGAGACUUGGCUACACCCUGGCUCCUACCUACGGUAUUCUGUAGUCUAAUCUGAGCCAUUUUCCGACCGAAUUGGGGGCUAGUGAUACCGUAUUGACACCAAAUUUUGGUAGCGUUGCAUUGCUAGCUAGCUGCCGCCCUACCUGUUUUGAUCUUUUUCUCUUUUGAACUCUGAAUCUCUGAAUUGGCCUGAGGCCGUAUUCCCGUGACUAUUUACAGGUGCGUGAUGUAGCGGCUGAUCGGCUGAGCUUCCCAGCCACUGUCAGCUCUUGCAUUGGUGAAAGAGUGAAGUUCUGGAGUUCUGAGUGAAGUUCGACUGUAGCAGCAAGUGAUGAGUCAGCCCCAGGAGUUCCAUUUCAGUACUGUACCAUAAAGCCGACAGUGGCAACCCAAGUUCCCUGCCUUCCAGCAAAAGGGGCCAUCAGGGAUCCACUGCUAUCCAAAUGCCAGUACGCUGGACAUUCGGCAGGUUCCUCCUCACCCACCACACCGCAAAAACCGCAAAACCGCUUUUGGUACGAUGGAUAAUAAUGCGGAAGGUGGUCAAAGGUAUCCAGCUGCAACCACCACCAAAAUCGGCACAAAGCUACCACCGGUAUAAGCUAAUAUCCAAGAAAAACUCCCAAACCAAUCCUUUUUAAUAGACUGCAACCAUGGCGAGCGCUGAUUCUGAAGUUGCUGAGCAAUCUGGGGUUUGGAGUUUCGUCAAGCCGACUGGUAGCAAGAAGACGAAGAAGAAAGACAAGAAGAACAAGCAAAAGAAGGACAAGGCGGAGAGAAAGCGAGGUCGGACAUCUGAUUCUACCCAAGAUACCGAAGAUACUAAUACUGUUAUCGUCAAUGCUCAUAAUGUUAUGAAAGAACUGAGCAACUCGGAUAAUGUCAAGGCUCCCUUUGACCACGCGAUAAUGGAAGAGUCGGCGUCCCAAGUGGCUCGAGAAGAACACGGCAAUAAGAUGGACUGGUCUGCAGGGAUGGGCUCUUCCUUCUUUACUGCUAGGUCUAGAAGAAGCAGUUCUAGAAGUAGUGCUUUCUCGGUGGGGAGUGCCGUCAUGUGGCCAAUAAGGCGUAUCAGUUCAGCCGUCGGUCUGGGCCCUAAACGACCUACUUUGAACCAGGAAAAGAGCUUGCUGAUCAGUGCCCUCUUUGAUGGUUCCGACAACGAUAACAACAACGUGCCUCGUGCGUCCUUCCACAACAGUGGUGUCAGCGACAAGACGGACUGCAGUCGACGUGGAAAGCGCAGUAGUAUCCUGAGAUACCGAAAGAAACUUUCAGCAGAAAUGGAAGAUGACGAUCUGACCGAUUUCAGAUAUUCACAGCAAACGACAAGCAUACCGUCCAGUUUGCUGAGUAGCAACCGAGGUGUCUCCAUUUCCAAUCUGCAGGAAUCCCUUGAAUUGUCCAAAAGCACCAGUUUCAAGGUGGCAUUUGAAGGAGUCGAUGGAGGCGAUGCCUGGCGGAAGAUUAUCAAACCUUUCGUCAGUGACCUCGCCUUUGAAUCAAUUGUCACCAGACGGGCGGAAAGUGCUGUUUGUUUUGACCCAUACACAUGCGAGGCAGCCGUGUUGUUUGUCGACCUUUCCGGUUAUUCCAAAAUUACCAGUGCCAUUGCCCAUCGAGGAGCUCAUGCCAUGAGUUCCGUCGUCAAUGCAUACCUGGAUCGACUGCUCAAGAUUAUUGAUCGAUAUGGAGGCGAUGUUAUCAAAUUUGCAGGAGACGCCGUCUUGGUGGUUUGGGCCGGACAGGAAGGCGAUGAUGACGAACUGGAAUACAACCUGCUAUGUGCCUCCAAAUGUGCGCUCGAAUUACAAAGACAGGCAGGAUCGCAUCCCGUCAAACGAACCAACCACAAGUUCCAGAUCCAUUGUGGCCUUUGCUGCGGGAUCAUGGAAUCGGAAAUCUUUGCCGCUCCCACUCAUAUACACAUGCAACGGUUGUUCCAUUCCGUUUCUGGCAAGUGCUUGAGUGAAAUUAGUGAGCUAGUCGACCUGGCCAAAGCGGGGCAGAUUGCCAUUAGCGAAGACGUUGCAGACUACUUGGGAACACGUGGACAUUUUGAAGAGAUCAGAGGAGUCAUCGGAGCAAUGCUUCUCAGUGAUCUAGAACUCGACAACAUGCUUUUGGAAGCCAUGGAUCAGCAUAUUCUCGAUUCCAAAGCGGCGCGAUCCCUAAAGAGGAUCAAGGGAUCCGAAGAAGACUUUAUACAUCCCAAUGUCCUCCGCUUGCUCAAGUAUGGAGGUCUUUCACCAACAAACAUUGCUCAAAUGCGAAACCUUUGCGUGCUUUUCAUUGGGAUGACUUCCAGUGGGAACUCGGUCAAUUGGUUAAUGGAAGUGCAGGGUGUCUUGGAUCGAUACCGUUGCCCCAUCAUCCAGAUCAUCGACGACGACAAGGGCACACACGUGGUUGCGGCGGUCAAUCUCUGUGAGUCUGUCCCGGAAUCUGCCGUUCUGGGUCUCGAUGCCUGUCGGGAGCUAGUCAACAAACAAAUUGGUUGCGCCAUUGGUGUAGCCAUGGGAUCCACAUUUUGUGGUGUGACUGGUUCCAGUGACAUUGCUUGUAGGUGGGAUAUCACUGGUCCGCAUCCGGUUCGUGCUGCUCGUUUGAUGCAAUACGCUCUGUUGAACGGUUUCGAAGUUGCUAUUGAUGAAUCUCUGUUGGAGGACCCAAUGGCGGCGACGAGAAUGACGACUCUUGAUACAGUCGUCGAAAUUAAAGGUUCUCCGGAACCUUGUACAGUCUACGGACUCUCCGGAUCAAAACUGUAUUCAGUCUUUCGAGUGAUGGAGAAUCACGCAGAAAGGGUGCACAACAGAGCGGUACAUCAGGUUCGGAAAUGCAUCAAUACUGGUCGCACACGGUGCGGAGUAAUCCUCACGGGGUCACUCUUUGCUGGAAAGAAGGCGGUUUGUCAACAAGCUGCAAGUCUAAGCGAUCUCGUACCAUUCACCCAUGUAUGCAACGAAACCGCUGGACUGGCCCAGUUGGCUCGAACGAUUGCAGUUUGGUUCGCGUAUGUAGAAAACGAAAGCAUCAAGAAGCAAGCACUCUCAGUUCUGGAUCACAUGGACAACUCGAGGUGGAGCAAAGCUCACGAUGAAUGUGUCGACCUCGUUCACGCGGCGGUGGAUGCCGGGCUACGGGCUUGCUUUGUGGUUGACCGUAUCCAAUUUCUGGAUAGCUUUAGCUUGUCUGUGAUGCGUGGUUGCCUGGAGGGGAAGUCGAAUGCUCGUGGGGAAGGAUGUUCGACAGGUUCAUCCAUCCAACGUGUUGGUAAUGGCGAAAGCAACGACAGUGGAUCGGACUGGUCGCGCGGCUCCUUUAAGGGGGCAAGCUCAUAUCGAAAGGGGAAGGUUGUCUUCCUUGGAUGUCACUUAGCGCUUUACAACCGAAAAUCAGCUGAGGAGAUGAAAGACGACAUUACUAGAUCGCGGCGGACUUUUCGAGUCCGUGUUGUCGAGGUUGGGCAAUGCUCCAAUGCAGAGCUGAAAACCCUCGUAAGAGAAAAGUGCGACCUCGAGGCUGAUGAACGUUGGUUGCGAUGUCACAAGGGAGCCAGUGGUGUAUCGAUGGCCUAUUUUUGGGAACGGGCGAAAGCUACCCGCAGACAGUCUGCUUCCGAUGCAUUCAGGAUGGGCAGAGAUGAAGUCACAAAAGGAUUAAAACUCAACAUCCCCACUGGACACAUUCAACAUUGCCAACACUUUCCUCUCUCCGAGAUAUCGGCUGACUUUGCCAUGAAGACUCUCCAGCUUUUCGACGAUCUGCCGCCUCUGUUUCAAACACUGACGAAGGUUAUUGCUAUAGCGACAAGAAAGGCUGGCUUCAUGAUCCCCUCGAUGAUUGUCUGGAAGGUUAUGAAUGAUUUGUAUGGUGACCUUGAUUCAGCACGCUUCGCGACUGUCAUUGGCGAACUGAAGGACAUGUAUCUCUUGAAGAUCGUGGUGGACAGAAACAUGGACAAAGUAUAUUUUGCCUGCCCCAUUCUUGCAGAAGUUGCCAUGAGUGUCUGUACACCGUCACAGAUCCGAGUGAUAUCAGAGGCGCUUGUGAAGAGGCUAGAGUCCAUGGUUGCACAUGAGUUCCGGGUGCCUCUUGUGCUUGCAGAUCUCUAUCAUGAGCUUGGGAGGAGCGCCAAUCGUCAAAAGAAGUGCUACUAUGCGGCUUACAAAGCCUUCAUUAAGGAACAUGGGGAGGACCCUCAUGCGUCCCCGCUGGAGAAAGAUUGGUGGCUAGAGUACUUUUCAGAUGUUGUCCAGCUUGCUGGGUAUUCUACGGCUCAAGUCCUCGGCCCAACCUUUGUCGCCCCGGUUAUUUCAGAGGCUGCUGCGCCAGAUGAUAUCAUGCGGCUGAAGCAAUACAUAGCUCCGGUCACAUUUGGCCCGCUGGGCCAGACGCUGUCAGCAAUUGGCAGAACCAUCGUCCAAGAGUACGGCGCUCAUGCCCGUGAUGAUGGUGCAGCCCAACUGAAGCAUGCGGAAGAACUAGCGGCAAUAUGCAAUAGGUAUUUGCAGCAAGUUGGCACCAUGGAGGACUACCUUGGCGAAGAAGGAAUGCAAGCCACAGAGUCGGAACUGGAAGAAGAGAGAAACUUGCUCCAGUAUUUGGCUUCGCCGGGCACUUCAGAAGAACAUGUAUUGUCCAAGUCAGAACGAUUUCAAAAUGCUCUCCUGGCUGACCACGUUUCACCUCGGUGGGAACGAAUCCGUGACUACAUGUCUUGUGUCGUUGGGACCCCGGAACCAGUUACUUCUUGUAAGGACAGUGCCAUCGGGCUUGCAUAUGAAAAAACGGUGCGGGGGAAAUGUUGGAAGGACAAGCUGGAGGAUGCGCUGAUGGCCAUGGCAGUAUCAAAUUGGAAGCCCAGGCCCGUUCCCGAGUGCAAGAGUCUUCCUUUGCCGUACUUGCAAACGAUUUGCAAGGUACGCGACACAUUUCUCAUGCAGACGAGCGAUAUGGGGCAGAGCGACCUCGAACAUUUUCACCAUCGGUACAAGUUCAGCGAUUUUCAAGCCUUUUUGAUCAUGACUGCGCUGCUGUACAAUGCAAUGGACCAGCAGAUCGGAGCACCGCCUCGUCCAUUGCUCACACGACAAAAUAGCGUCGGCAGUGACCUCAGCUUGACCAAGGAAGAAGACACUGACUUUGAGAGCGAUGGCGACUCGUAGAUUAUUAGGAGCUAUGAUUGUAUACGGUACCUUACCGUAUCAUAAAGAGUAAUCUUACCAUUAGAUUUGCAUUCCAAGAAAC